CUCUAUAUUCUACAGAAGUCCACAACUAUUUGUUCGUAGAUUGUAGUCUGAAUUCUUUGGUGUUCUUUGAGUGUGAGAUAUAUAAACAUUUAAAGCGAAAACUAUUAGAAUAUUGAACAACCUCAUGUUCAUUAGAUAAGUACAUCAUAUAAUGAAUAUAUUAUUAUACUUUAUUAUUAUUCUGGGACUUUCUCUAAUGUCUAGAGUAGCUGGCUAUUCUACUAAAAAUAUAUGUAAGACGGGUGAGCUUGAUCUUCUUAUAAUCCUAAACUGUCAGCGUCCGCCACUCAAAUGGGACAUGAUAAAAAACAUUUUUAAAUUACUUAAGCCUGCUGACUCAAAGAAUGCAACUAGAAAAGUGACAUUGAUAGAUAUGUUAAGUUUAAAUAACAUUUCUUUGAAUGAUUCAAACAUUAACAAUGUUUCCAAACUUUGUGAAGUGGAGGAUUAUGAUAACUCAAGUGUAGACGAAAAUGUAUUAAAACUACAGGAUUACAUUUCGAGAAACGAUAAAUAUUCAUCUAAAUUAUUCAUUAUAUACAUAUCUAAAAAUUCUUAUGAGAUCAUUUUUGAUUUUGAGAUCAAGCUUCAAAAUUUAAAAUACAUCGAAUUUCUGAUAAUCAGUUUUUUGGAUUGGAAAGAAUGGCGUAGACCUAGCUAUCCUUCUAGCUUUGUAGAAGUUGACAACCAAGAUGAUUUACUGUAUAACAAUGCAAUAAGUGUCAGGCUGUGUUUUCGAUGCUUAGAAGGCUGGAUUUCGAUACGCAGUAGAAGAAGUAAAGCUCCAUUUUAUUCAUGUUAUAUGUUUGAGGAACAAAGAGAAUUAAUAAAUUGGAAAGAAGCUGCCAACUUCUGUGUAAAAAAAAGUUCUAACAUGAUAACAUUUGAAACUAGCUGGGAUUUUGAGAAGUUAAAAUUAAAUUUAAGGGACUUAAUUAAUACCUAUAAAAAAACUAAUUUUCAAUCAAAUGAUUCAUUGCUAUUUUAUGUGGGAUUAAAUAGUCUAAAAGCUGGAUACAAUGAAAAAUUAUUUUGGAUAAAUAACCAACCAGUGAAUUCAUUUAUGUACUCGAAAGUCACAAAUGUGAGUAACUUACAACAAAAAAGACAUGUCAGCUGUUUCGCUUGGAAUCAAAAUGAUGUGAUAUUGACGAUUCAAUGUGAGGCUAAAUUAACGAAGUUUCUUUUAUGCGAGCAAAAAUUUCAACGUGCAAAGCUGAGAGUGAGCACUAAUAAAAAGCAAGUUUAUACAGUUCCAAAUAAAAAUUUUAUCCGUAUUAAUACCGAAAUUGCUUCCAUUUCUUAUUUUGGCACAACAAGAUAUAAAUUUCCAAAAUUUGUUUGUGAUUACUUCGGUUCGUCAUACAACUUUGUGUGUGAUGGUUUCAUAGAUUGCAGAAAUGAAGAAGAUGAAAAAGUUUGUACCUAUUUAUUUCAAGACUUAAAGGACUGCAUUCAGAGUGAGAAGUUUCUUUGCCGGGAGCCCAACAUGUAUGGAUUUAAAUGUAUUGCAAAAAGCCAAGUGUGUAAUAUGAUUGAAGAUUGUCCUGAUGGAAGUGAUGAGACAAACUGUGAUGAUUGUAUUCUGACUCAGUGCUCACCAGAUGUUUGUAUUCCUGACUAUUGGUCGCUGAAUUGUUCCACGGCAAACUCUUUAAAAAUAAAUGAAACUAAUGAAGGUAUAAGUGAAAUAAGUACUAACGUUUCUGGGUCUUUAUUACAAAACUUGUUAGAUGUUAUAACUAUAUGUGAUUUCACUUAUAUUAAAAGCAAGGUAAAAACUAACAGACUUGUGAAAUAUAACCAAGUUUGGUCUCCAAAGUGUCUUUACAUCAAAGAUAGAAAGGGUUCUCAAAUGGGCUGUUCUGAUUUGUCUCAUUUGUCUAAUUGUAGAACGUUUAAAUGUCCUAUUGGUUUCUCCAAGUGUUGGAAUUCUUAUUGUAUUCCAGAUUUUUAUGUAGAUGAUAAUGUCAUGGAUUGUCCUUAUGGGGAAGAUGAAAUACGGUAUCAGAAAAGACAUAGAUUUUAUUUCAGAUGUUAUCAAAUUGACAAAUAUAUUCAUCCCAUUUAUAUAUGCGACGGAAAAGCCAACUGUCCAAGAGGUGAUGACGAACUAAACUGUAUAGAUCUAUGUCCAUCUGGUUUUAUUUGUAUAGAUGGAACGGCCACUGUGAAUCAAACAGACACUGUACUUAAUUAUACUUUUUUUGCACCAAACUUAACAUAUCUCAAUAUUUCUGGCAUUGAUGUGUUUCAAAAUGAUAAUUUUAUAAACAUCUUUAGUUUAAAAAAACUUUUGGUCUUGAUAGCUUCAAGAUGUCAUAUUAACGAUAAUACUAAAAGUAAUGCUCAAAAUAGUUUAGUUUAUCAUUUAGAUAUCAGCUACAAUGAUCUCUCAAGGCUUACAUUUCACGAUUUUAUUUCUCAAUUUUCCAAUCUUUAUUUUUUAAAUGUUUCGCACAAUGACCAUCUUAGUGUCAUACCAAACUACUAUUUUCUACGGUUUCAAAAUCUUAUCUCAGUGGAUCUUUCAUUCACAAGAAUUAAGAGAAUAAGUUUGAAUUUUAAUGACAAAAUAAGAUUUCUUAAUCUUUCAGUUACAAACUUACAGAAUGUCGUUUUUUCGCAAUAUGCCGAAUACCAAAUAGUUGACUUAAGAAAUACUCUGCUUUCUGACUUCAUCAAAGAAAAGUUUUUUAACAACAUUACCGUAACGGGUAAAGUGUUAGCAGACUACAAACUUUGUUGUUCAUAUUUCAGAGGAGAAAAACUUCCAGCACAUCAAUGUGAAGCAGAAGAACAACCUUUAUCAACUUGUGAGGAUCUUAUCGGACAUUCUUUAAAACGAGUCUUGCUCUGGAUUGUUGCGUUUUGUGCAGUGUUUGGAAAUAUGAUGGCAUUGGGCUACCGUAUUUUAUUUGAACGGGCAACACUUCAUCUGACAUAUGUAUUAUUUGUUACAUGUCUUGGUGUUUCUGAUCUUAUAAUGGGCGUGUACCUUGUUAUUAUUGCCUCUGUAGAUGUAGUUUAUAGAGAUGUUUAUAUUGUACAUGAAAUGUCUUGGAAACAAAGUACAUUGUGUCAGAUAGCCGGAACUUUGGCAACAUUGUCCAGUGAAACCUCCACUUUUUUCAUUCUGUUUAUAACACUUGAAAGAUUUCUGACCAUCAGAUUUCCUUUUGGUGAGCACAAAAUCUCCAAAUCGGGUAAAUAUGUUUUAAUAUCUUUAGCUUGGUGUUUUGGAUUGUUCCUGUCAGUGGUUCCAAUCUUAUUCCGAGAUAUGUCUCUAUAUUCAAAUAAUGGAAUGUGUCUCGGAUUUCCUUUAAGAAAGUCCAGUGGUACUGCCUGGAUAUAUUCAGUGACCGUUUUUCUUUUCUUUAACUCUAUUUUAUUCGUUGUUAUCGCCAUUGGUCAGUUUUUAAUUUUCAUAACAAUAUCUCAACACAGUUCUAAGUUUAAAUCCGAAAGUCAGGCUUUAGCUAGACGAGCUGAUAACAUAACAGUGGCUCUCAAACUGUCAGUAGUGGUGCUGUCAAAUUUUAUCUGUUGGUUUCCGGUUUGUGUCCUAGCAAUAAGGACAGUUUUCAGUGACUAUGAGGUCACCCUUGAGACUUACGCCUGGAUAAUAGUUUUAGUUCUUCCUUUCAACUCAGCCUUAAACCCAGUUUUGUAUACUUUACCACGUAUUUCUAAAUCUUGGAUGGACUUUAAACGUAGACAGUCUACGCGAGUAUCCAAAUCUUAAAACUUGUAACAUCAGGUUAAUGCAUUAAACCAAAAUCAAUAGUAAUAAACAAUGAUUAAGCUGUAUUUUUUAAUUACAUAUUUACUUCGUUUCUAUCAUUAUGUCUGCUUCCUCUUUACCACAGCCUGCGUUGAUUACCCAUCACUCUGUAUCAGUAUGUAAAAAAAAAAAAUCUGGAUUAUGGGUACGACGGGGCGUACAUUGUGCCUAUGUGCCGAAA